AUGAUCCAGAGUGGCACGAGCAGGAGGCGAGCUGAGGCAGCAGCAUCCGCAGCAGCAGCGCCAGAGCCGCCACAAAGGGAGCUCAGUGUUGCUACGAUCUCGACUCUCCGCGCUUCUCUCCUCGGCUUUGGGCUCCUUCUAGGCGGAAACAUGCGCUGCUUCUCGGCACUGCUUUCCUUGCUCCUCGCUGCACUCGCAGCUGAGUCCUCGGAUCUUUUUGACAACCAACUCGGCGACAUCAAUUACUGCAAAAAGCAAUGCCAGUUGACCAUCAAAAACAAAAGCCCAGCUAAAGACUCCAUAAUGAACGCCUGUCACCGUGGAUGUCGUCUCUACUCCAUCUGCCAGUUUGUCAAUGGCAACGCUGGCUUCAAUACCAGCAAGGAGGAGUGUCAGGGAGCGUGCCAGGAGGCCUACAUGAAACUGCUGGAGCAGGAGGCCUGCACCACAGGCUGCUCCAGUCAGCCCUCUGAACCAGAGAUCCAGAGGAGGAAGCUGAAGGCCAUGACCCUGCGCCCCAAGGCCCCCUCGGUGAUGGAGGCUGUAUCCAGUUGGUGCAAUGACAUCGUCAGCUCAGCCCAGAGCUUCAUCUCCUCCACUUGGACCUUCUACCUGCAGGCGGACGAUGGCAAAGUUGUAGUGUUCCAGAGUCAGCCUGAGAUGGAGUACACGGUCCCUGAACUUCAGGCCCCUCGCUCCAAUGUGGCGGACAAACCCUGGCCCCAGGUCCACUCUCACACCCAGAGACCCCACGGUCUGAGGGGACACGGAGAGAAAGGAGCUCCUAAACCCGGAAAAGGGAAGCAUCCAGUGCAGCACUCAGAGGACCCAUCUGCUGAACAUGACUUCCUUGGAUGCAUGUCGAGGCGCUCGGGUCUUCCUCGCUGGAUUUUAGCUGCGUGUCUCUUCCUGUCUAUCAUGGUGAUGUUGUGGCUGAGCUGUGCCAGUUUGGUCACUGCACCAGAGCAGCACAUCAAAACUCAGCUGAGCAUCAAUGGCGAUAAGGAGUUUCUGGACAAUACCCAGAAAGUCAACCCUUUCCAUCUGAGCCCAAUGAUUGCAGUUACUAUGAAACAAUCAGAGGAGAGUCAGGAGGCCGGCCCCCUGCCAGUCAAAGUGGAUCUCAACAAAACUUGUGUUUAGAUGACAUUAUUAUUUAUCUGAGUAAGAUUUUUGAAAAGGGAUGGCAUCAAUUUGUCUUUUUGCUGCCUCUGUGA